CAAGAUGGCUGUGAAAUUGGCUUCAGCUCUUCUGCUGAUACAACUGAGUGAUUACUUUAGCUCUGGGACUUGUGGGAAAGUGCUGGUGUGGCCCACGGAAUACAGCCACUGGAUGAAUAUGAAGACAAUCCUGGAUGAACUUGUCCAGAGAGGACACGAGGUGACUGUACUGACACAUUCUGCUUCCAUUCUCAUUGAUCCGAAAAAAGCAGCCAGCAUUAAAUUUGAAGCUUUUCCUACAUCUUUAACUAAAAGUGAUUUUGAAGAUGUUGCCAUUCAACUGGUCCAUAAAUGGACAUAUGAUCUUCCAAAAGCUACAUUUUGGUCAUAUUUUUCACAAGUACAAGAAAUCAUGUGGACAUUUUCUGAAAUUAUGAUAAAGUUCUGUAAAGAUGCAGUUUCAAACAAGAAAUUUAUGACAAGGCUGCAAGAGUCAAAGUUUGAUGUGGUUCUUGCAGAUGCCAUUGGUCCCUGUGGGGAGCUCCUGGCUGAGAUACUUCAAACACCCAUGGUGUAUAGUCUCCGCUUCUCUCCUGGCUACACAUUUGAGAAGUAUGGUGGAGGACUUCUACUCCCUCCUUCCUAUGUACCUGUAGCUAUGUCAGAAUUAAGUGAUCAAAUGACAUUCAUGGAGAGGGUAAAGAAUUUGAUUUAUAUGCUUUAUUUUGAUUUUUGGUUCGAAACAUUUAAUAUGAAGAAGUGGGAUCAGUUCUACAGCGAAGUACUAGGCAGACCCACUACGUUCUAUGAGACAAUGAAGAAAGCUGAUAUGUGGCUUAUUCGAACUUAUUGGGAUUUUGAUUUUCCUCACCCACUCUUACCAAAUUUUGAUUUCAUUGGAGGACACCAUUGCAAACCUGCCAAAACCCUACCUAAGGACAUGGAAGACUUUGUCCAGAGCUCUGGAGAGAAUGGUGUGGUGGUGUUUUCUCUGGGGUCAAUGGUCAGUAACAUGACAGAAGAAAGGGCCAAUGUGAUUGCUUCAGCCCUUGCCCAGAUCCCACAAAAGGUUCUAUGGAGAUUUGAUGGCAAGAAACCAGACACCUUAGGACCCAACACUCGAUUGUACAAAUGGAUACCCCAGAAUGACCUUCUUGGUCAUCCAAAAACCAAGGCUUUUAUAACUCAUGGUGGAAUCAAUGGUAUCUAUGAGGCCAUCUACCACGGGGUCCCUAUGGUGGGUAUUCCUUUGUUUUGGGAUCAACCAGACAACAUUGUUCACAUGAAAGCCAAGGGAGCAGCUGUUAGACUGGACUUCAACACAAUGUCAAGUACAGAUUUGCUCAAUGCUUUGAAAACAGUCAUUAAUGACCCUUUGUACAAAGAGAAUGCUAUGAAAUUAUCAAGAAUUCAACAUGAUCAGCCAACAAAGCCCCUGGAUCGAGCAGUCUUCUGGAUCGAGUAUGUCAUGCGCCACAAAGGAGCCAAACACCUUCGGGUUGCAGCCCACGACCUCACCUGGUUCCAGUACCACUCUCUGGAUGUGAUUGGGUUCCUGCUGGCCUGCGUGGCAACUGCUAUAUUCAUCAUUACAAAAUGUUGUCUGUUUUUUUGCCGGAUGUUUACUUCAGCAGAAAAGAAGAAAAAAAGGGAGUAAUUACACCUAGGCCUGAUCAUUCCAUAAUAAAGGGGUGCCCCAUUGAAGAAGGGGACCCAAGUCCUAGUGAACAUGCCAGCUAUUAGGUGAUCUAAUGUACCUGUUCAAGAACAAGGAAAAAUGAAAAUGUUGAUAUUUUCACUGAUCGUUCUUUAGUUAAUUUAUUCUGUGUAUCAGAUGGAGACACAACUUCUCAGUGACGAUUUCCCUGGAUUAUUUUCCCUUCUCCUGAUCUGUCUCAAAGCUGGGAUUGUCAUCCUAGACCUCAGUUGGUGAAAGUAUUCUCGUCUAUGAUGUCUGAAUUUGCAGGAGAUCAUUUCUCGGAUCACCUACAGGUGCAAUAAAUAGCUCCACACUCAGAGAAGCCGUGUCUCCUUCUUGCCCCUCCCGCUAUCAGAUGUUAUGUACCAGGUGACAGCAAGGAACCACGAUCCUACCAGUGUCUUAGACACCAAGCGGGGUAAAAUCUCUCUUAUCAGGUAUCAUCCAUUUCACUUUGUCAGUCCUCAUGUUUGUAGUUGUUCCUGAUGCCUUUUCUCACCUGGUCAUUUAUGGCAUUCUCUGUUUUCAUAAAUCUAUUGCCAAAGCUUUGCAAUUCCAUAAAUAAAUAUAAAUCUUACAUCUGAAACAUCACCCCAAUUCAUCAGGAAGUAGAUUUAUGACUAUGUCACCCCUCCUCCCAUAGAUACAGAAGGGUAAAAUUGACAGUGGGGAAUAUGUAACAGGGAAAGACCAAGAAAAGUCGAAAUGUAUUGCAAGAUGUCUGUUUAAAACCUCCCCCACUCUUUUUGAGAAUUAAAACCUCCAUCCCUUCCCCAGGCCAGUGGUCAGGAGGGGCAGGGAAGUGUACUUACUUCUUCAUAUCACAGGACAUGGCUCAAUGGAACUAUCCAGGCAGAGGUCACGAGAUUGUCUUUGCUGGAGAUGGGAUUGAUCAUAGCCAUCAACUGGAGUUAAACAGCAAUAUCUUGAAGCUGAAUACCUUCCCUUUAAAAGCUCUGUAUCUCUGCUAAUAGAGAGGCAGCUGGCAUUAUAAUACAAGAGUCUCCAUCCUCCUCAUUUGCCAACAAGUGAAUAAACCUCCCUUUCCUUCUCUUCAGAACCCUUGUCCUGGUUCUUCCUAUACAGCCUAAGGGACAAGUUCUCAAUUUUGUGUAACACCCGGAGUCCCAACUAAUCUGAAAGCAUUGGGUGGAGGAUGAUUUAAGUGUUCUGGACUUAAGUGAUCCUCCUGCCUCAGCCUCCCAAAGUGCUGGGAUUAUAGGCAUGAGCCACCAUGCCCACCCACAUUUAUAGUUUUUGAACAAGAGUGACAAAAUUAUUUAAUGGAAAAAGAACAGCUUAUAUAACAAAUUCAGGUUAGAAAAUUGAUUAUCCACAUUCAAAAGACUAAAGUGAACCCCCUACCUCAAAUUCUCAAAAUAGAUCAAAAAUUUGU